AUGGCGUCCACCGGAUUCCGCCGGGAACUGGAACAAGGCGGCAACAGGAGCUGGGAAAACCUCAAGAAGGCCGAAGGACUCAAGGGACGAGCGAGUACCGUGCAGAACAUGAACGACCAGCAUGACGAGCAGAAACUUUUGUACCAAGAACUUCCGUUCCGAGCGCUGCCGGGGAUGCGGCGGCGGUCGUUCCGUAGCGAGCGCGAGUUCCCGCAACUCCGGACUCGCAGCUCCUGGGCAAAUCUGUCGCGACUGGUCAAAAAGAAUGGAGAGAUCAAACCGCUGCUUGAAGAGGAACCAGACGAGAGGCUCGAGCCAGGUUACACGUACCCGUUGCUCCAAUCGUGCGUGGUAGCAGUGCUCAACGCGUUUCAGUACGGCUACAAUACGGCAGUAACCGGCGCCAUGAAUGCCAACGUGGUCUUUCCUGGACACUCGGACAUGCUCUGGGCCCUCUGCGUGUCGAGUUUUGCCGUCGGUGGACCUAUUGGAUCCGUCAUUGGCGGGCAGCUGAACGCUUCGCUGGGUCGCAAGAUGACGAUGUCGGCCAACUCGUGCCUCUUUGUGGUCUCUGGACUGGUUAUGGCGUUUGCCGUCGACAUGUACAUGCUGAUCCUCGGCCGCUUUCUUGUCGGUAUUGCCUCAGGUGCAGCAACCAUCCUCGUGCCACUCUAUCUCGGUGAGCUCGCACCUCCAAAUCUUCGGGGUGCUUUGGGCACGACCUACCAAGUUGCAAUGGUGCUUGGUAUUCUCGUGACGGAUCUCCUGGCGUUCGGCUUUGCAGGGGAAAGUGACAGCUUGACACGUCCUGGAUGGCGUCUCAUGUUUGGCUUCACGGGACUUCUGGGACUCUUGCAACUCGUGCUUGCUCCAUUACUGAUUGAAAGUCCGCGAUGGCUCCUUAACAAUGGCAAUCCAAAGGAUGCAGAGGAGACGUUGCGAAAUCUACGUCAGUUGGACAAUGUCGGGGAAGAGAUGGACAGCAUCUCGGCGGCAAGCACGAGCGAAUCGGGCAAUGUCCAGAGUAUUGGCGACGUCCUGCGUGACCCGAGCAUCCGCUUGCCUCUCCUCGUCGCUGUCGUCUUGCAAUUUGGACAGCAGCUGAGCGGCAUUAGUGCAGUCAUGUUCUACGCGAGCUCGUUCUUUCAGAAUGCGGGACUGGAAAACCCACUCAUUGGCAUCACGCUCGUGUACAUUGUGAACGUGCUCUCAACGAUUGUUGCCUUGAUGCUCAUGGACUCUGCUGGUCGUCGCCCGCUCCUGAUCUGGUCAAUGGUUGGCAUGCUCGUGUCGACAGUAAUUCUGACGGUCGGGCUCUCGAACCUCCUGCCAAUGUCCAGUUUCUUCAGUGUCGGUGGCGUCAUGAGCUUCGUGUGGUUCUUCGAGAUCGGCCUCGGUCCCAUUCCGUGGUUGAUUGCAGCCGAAAUGUUUCCACCCAAGUCACGUACUGCAGCGACGUCCAUUGCGACGAUGGUCAAUUGGUUGGGUCUGUUCAUCAUUGGCAUUGUCUUUCCAACCAUGCAAAGGGCGCUGGGCAACUUUAUCUACGUCCCCUUUGCCAUCACGCUGUCCCUCACGUUGGCCUUCUCCCUCAAGUUUGUACCCGAGACGAAGGGCAAGACGCUGGAUGAAAUCCAACAAGAAGUCAACCACCACUAG